AUGCUCAUCAAAAUUAAGACGCUGACUGGCCGCGAGAUUGACCUAGACAUCGAGCCAAAUGAUAAGGUGGCACGUCUCAAGGAACGUGUAGAAGAGAAGGAAGGGAUCCCACCUGCUCAACAGCGACUCAUCUUCGGAGGCAAGCAAAUGCACGAUGAGAAGAGCGUAGUCGAUUUCGGCGUCGAAGGAGGAUCCGUGCUGCAUCUCGUCCUCGCUCUGAGGGGUGGUAGCAUGUAGGUGGCCUUGCUAAUUGGCUAGAAUGACAAGCAUGUGAGCAUUCGCUGCAGUCUUUGAGUACCCCGAGAAAGGUAUGACAGCUCGCCAUCGUCUGCUAUGGGGACUCGAGUGGCCAUGACAUCGUUGCAACAGAGAGUACGGCUCACAGGGCGGAGGGGAGAACUAUGAAGUCUGACCUGCCUGCAUUGCUGCCCUCUUCGGCUGCAACGCUGGGGCCACCAACGUUCCACCCUCCGAUUCUCGAUUUCAGCCCCUCUUCCGCUUCUUGCACGCCGCAUCAGUCUCGUUACGAGAUCGUCGCCGCCAUCGCCGUAUCCCUCUGAACGAUGAACGAGAGCCAUAGACAAGAAGGAUGGGCAACCAGGCCUCGCGCCACGUGGUUUGUGCCGCGUCAUCCAAUUAACACGAGCGAGCGAGAAACAGAUUGUGCGCAUCUCUCCGCUCC